AACAGACCUUGUUUAGGGGCGCGUCGGCAAACGGUUUCGACACGUCCUGCUCGGAAGACGUGUUCUCCCGCGACGUGGUCUCGCUCGACGUGUGGCGGUUCCAGUUGUCCCAACAGAAGCGUUCCUAUCCCUCGCGUGGCGGUUUUUACUAUCGGGUUGGAGCAUUUUCCCCCCUGUGGUGUGACAGAUUGCAUCUUGGUGCAUGGGAGAAUAAAGUUCGAUGAUAGCGCGGAAAAUGUGAAAUCAAAGCGUUGCAGAAAAAAAAACGAAAACAGGUUUCUGCUUGAGUGAAUAAGAAAUCAUUUCUUCUGUGCUACGAUGGCAACGUCGUCGGAGUGAAAGAUUGUCGGAAAAUUCAUCCAAUAAACGACGACGACGGUUCAAUCGUGGGAGUGAGAUUGCAGAAAAUUGAAAAAUCUUAACUCUAAGAAUCGAUGGUGGAAGCAGUGGUGCAUGGAUUUUCAGUGCAAGUUGGAUAUCAUCUGAAGCUGUACGAAACGACAGAAGAAAGUUGCUCAAUCUUGUGAAAAUCAUUUUCUGUGGAAAGGAGUCCUGGUAACCUUAUAGUUUGGACUGUGGAAAGGAACUUGAACCAUCAAGAUGAACGUCCAGCCGACAAAGUACCAUGGCCUGGUCCUGGACCUGAUGCCGAACAUUCGGCUGAUGCAAGGAUUCGGUCACUUCCUGUUUCGCUACGUGAGUGGACCGGUUCUGAUUCGCAAGCUGUACUCCUGGUGGAAUCUGAUAAUGAUCCUGCUGCAGUACUUCGCCAUCAUGGGCAAUCUGGUGAUGAACACGGGCGACGUUAACGAGCUGACGGCCAACACCAUAACGACGCUGUUUUUCACCCAUUCGGUGACCAAGUUCAUCUACGUCGCCGUCAACUCGGAGCACUUUUACCGCACGCUGGGAAUCUGGAACCAACCGAAUAGUCAUUCGCUUUUCGCCGAAUCCGAUGCCCGGUACCAUUCGAUUGCGCUGGCCAAGAUGCGGAAACUGUUGGUCAUGGUAAUGGUGACGACGGUGCUGUCGGUUGUCGCAUGGAUCACGAUAACCUUCUUCGGUGAUAGUGUCAAAAACGUUUUCGAUAAGGAGACCAACGAAACGUACACGGUGGAAAUUCCCCGGCUGCCCAUCAAGGCGCUCUACCCGUGGGAUGCGAUGAGUGGUGUGCCUUACUUUUUCUCUUUCGUCUACCAGGCUUAUUUCCUGCUGUUUUCGAUGUGCCAGGCCAACCUCGCCGACGUGAUGUUCUGCUCCUGGUUGCUGUUCACUUGCGAACAGCUGCAACAUUUGAAGGGUAUAAUGCGCCCCUUGAUGGAGCUAUCCGCCUCGCUGGACACCUACCGUCCGAACUCGGCUGCCCUGUUCCGUGCGGCUUCCGCCGGAUCCAAAGCGGAGCUGAUUUUGAAUGAAGAAAAAGAUCCCGACACGAAGGACUUCGAUCUGAAUGGAAUCUACAAUUCGAAGGCGGAUUGGGGUGCCCAAUUUAGGGCACCUUCCACUUUGCAAACGUUUAACGACAACAACGGUAUGAAUGGAAAUCCGAACGGGCUAACUAAGAAGCAGGAACUGAUGGUUCGCAGUGCGAUCAAGUACUGGGUCGAGAGGCAUAAGCACGUUGUUCGCCUGGUGUCGGCCAUCGGUGAAACCUACGGUGCUGCCCUGUUGCUUCACAUGUUGACCUCGACCAUCAAGCUGACCCUGCUGGCCUACCAGGCGACCAAAAUCGAUGCACUCAACGUGUACGGACUGACCGUGAUCGGCUAUCUGGUGUACGCCCUGGCGCAGGUGUUCCUGUUUUGCAUUUUCGGCAAUCGACUAAUUGAAGAGAGCUCGUCGGUGAUGGAGGCAGCCUACUCGUGCCACUGGUACGACGGUUCCGAGGAGGCCAAAACUUUCGUGCAAAUCGUUUGCCAACAGUGCCAGAAAGCGAUGACCAUAUCGGGGGCCAAGUUUUUCACCGUAUCGUUGGAUCUGUUCGCAUCGGUUCUGGGAGCUGUCGUCACCUACUUCAUGGUGUUGGUGCAGUUGAAAUAAAUUGGUUUUUAUGGGUAUGAUGGAAGCAAUACGGUACUAUUUUUGAUACUAAUGCAAGCAAACGGCGAUACAUGACAUGACAUCGUUUUUUGUAUAUAGAUUUAAGGAAAAAACUUAUCAGUACAAGACAAAUUAGACUAGAUCCUCCCUCGUAUCAUUACGCAUGGGAAGGCAAAUGAUGUUGAUAUUGAAUAUUUUAGUAAGCAUUUAUAACCUAGCUAAUGUAGACGCUCAAGAUGAAAGCAA